AUGAACGAAGGGUGGAAUAACUCUAUCCCGCUCACCGGCACUCGCCCGCAACCCGACUACUCUGUGGGAUUCAGACGCGAAGCCUUCACUGACGACCAGCUUCAAAAGCUUUCGCCGUUCGUCGGGAACUUUCUUGCUGGAGACCAGUCGUUCUUCAUGGCCACGUACAUGAUGUAUUUUCCAUUUUUGGCGUGUGAGGUGAAGUGCGGCGCUGCAGCUUUGGAUACUGCAGAUCGCCAGAAUGCUCACAGCAUGACGCUUGCUGUCCGGGCUGUUGUUGAACUGUUCCGGCUGGUAAAGCGAGAGCACGAACUCAACCGUCAAGUAAUGGCGUUUUCAGUCUCCCACGACCAUCAGACUGUAAGAAUCUACGGUCACUAUCCGGUAACUGAAGGCAAGGACACCAAAUUCUACCGCCACCCUAUCCAUAAAUUCUUCUUUACUGCUCUGGACGGCAAGGAGAAAUGGACGGCAUACCGCUUCACGAGGAACAUAUAUGAGAUUUGGAUGCCGACACACUUGAAACAGAUCUGCUCAGUUAUCGAUCAGCUGCCGUCUUGCUUGGACUUCGAAGUUCCUGGGCUUCCAGACAGUGGACUUUCCCAGGAGCCCGAAGACCCCUACUUGUCACAUUCGGGGAGUGCCUCUGACUCACAGCAUAGUAGCAUGGCCGGCGGUUAG